GCUAGCUUCAGAGUGUCCCGACUGCCGAGGCUGGCAGGCAAGAGGCGACAGGGAAGGACCGGACUCAAGGACCUUUUUGGGGGGAAAAACCGAGACAACACCACCAACUCGGACGGACACGAAGGGAUUAUAACGUUUUUAUUUGCGGUUUGGGGUUUUCCAAACGGAUCAAAGCAUCGCUAACGUUUCAAUGUUAGCUGGAAGUUUGUGAUGAUGUGGUGACGCGACGGGAAGCUAACGUUAGCUCAGCGGCUAACUUCAUAGCUACUUGAUAGAUUAAUCACUUUUAGCAGAGCUUUUAAAACCUAUUUUUAAAUUAAUAUUUUCGAUAAUGUAAGAUGAAUAGCUAUGAGAUGUUUUACCAUGUUGUCUACUUUUAUAUGGAAUAGAGAGUAUCUUUAGAAGUUAGUCCUAAUCUAGCAACCGUUAGCUACCUAGCUGGCUAGUAGCUAACAUUGGCUAGCUGUCGACUUUAAAACUGCCAAAGAAUUCUGUUUCAAAUUAGCUAAGGCUAGCCGGGCUACAACUGUUUCCACCUAACCUUACUGUACCAUCACAUUUCUAGCUGGUGUCAUAUUUUAUUACCAGCUGGUUAAACGUAAUGUUCGUUUGUUUGAAAAGCAAAAAUAAGACACUUUACUUCCAAAUCUAGAUAUGCAAGCUUACUUAAUGAUAGCUUGCUAACGUUGGGUUAGCCGGCCAAACUUGGAAAACUGUCCCUCUGCUCACUUGAUGUGGGUUUCUCUUUGAGGCCUUUAGGAAAUUAUCCCCUCUUUUUUUCACCCAGAAGACUCGUUUUUUGACAGCCUUAUUACAUCCCUGCCUGGGAAUGGAUUUUAUAUUCUAAAGGAUAUUUGUAAAGGUUGUAACACACGAUUGGAGUACCUGGACUUUGUUGACAUUUACUUGGCAUCAUAAAGUAACGUGGAUUACAAAGGCUGUUGGAAUAACUACAUUCUUCAAAGAUGAUGUGCGAGGUGAUGCCCACCAUCAGCGAGUCGGAGGGGGGCGGCGGGCGUCGGGGCUCGGGCUCCCCGCUGCAGUCGGACUCUGAAGGUCACUUUGAGUCGCUGAUGGUGUCCAUGCUGGAGGAGAGGGAUCGUCUUCUGGACACUCUGAGAGAGACGCAGGAGAAUCUGGGCCUGACGCAAGGCAAACUGCACGAAGUCAGCCACGAAAGAGACUCCCUGCAGAGACAACUCAACACCGCUCUGCCACAGGAGUUUGCUGCACUAACAAAGGAGGUGAACAUAUGCCGAGAGCACCUUCUGGAGAAGGAGGAGGAGAUUGCUGAGCUGAAGGCGGAGAGAAACAACACACGGCUGCUGCUGGAGCACCUGGAGUGCCUGGUGUCUCGGCACGAGCGCAGCCUGAGGAUGACGGUGGUGAAGAGGCAGGCUCAGUCUCCUGCAGGAGUCUCCAGUGAAGUGGAAGUCCUCAAAGCCCUCAAGUCACUUUUUGAACACCACAAAGCCCUCGAUGAGAAGGUGAGGGAGCGACUACGUGUUGCUCUGGAAAGAUGCAGCGCAUUGGAGGAGCAGCUCACCAUGUCACACAAAGAAUUGGCGUACCUCAGGGAGCAGAGCAGCCAGAAGAGAGGGCUGGCAGACGGGACCAGCGAGGUCAACCACAACUCAGAAAACACGCCGAGCACCAACGGCAAGCGGUCGUCAGACGGCUCCCUGAGUCAGGACGAGGAGUCGGGUCACGGCUUCAUGAAGGUCGGGGAGCUGCAGGAUGUCGUCGACCGUCAGACCGCUGAUCUGGGCCAGAUGAAGGAACGCAUGGUUGCCAUGGUUUCACGCAUCAACGAGCUGGAGGAGGACCUGGACACGGCCCGAAAAGACGUCAUCAAGUCCGAAGACGUGAACACGCGGCUGCAGAGAGACCUGAGAGAGUCCAUGGCUCAGAAGGAUGACAUGGAGGAGCGGAUCACCACCCUGGAGAAACGCUACCUGGCGGCUCAGCGCGAAGCCACCUCCGUCCACGACCUCAACGACAAGCUGGAGAACGAAGUGGCCAACAAGGAUUCGCUCUUCAGACAGACGGAGGACAGGAACCGGCAGCUGCAGGAGAAGCUGGAGCUGGCGGAGCAGAAGCUGCAGCAGACGCUCCGUAAAGCUGAGACUCUGCCGGAGGUGGAGGCCGAGCUGGCUCAGAGGGUGGCUGCUCUCACCAAGGCAGAGGAACGCCACGGCAAUGUGGAGGAGAGACUGAGGCAGCACGAGGCCCAGCUGGAGGAGAAGAACCAGGAGCUGCUCAGGGCACGGCAGCGAGAGAAGAUGAACGAGGAGCACAACAAGCGUCUGUCUGAGACGGUGGAUAAGCUCCUGUCAGAGUCCAACGAGAGGCUGCAGCUGCACCUCAAAGAGAGGAUGUCUGCGCUGGAGGACAAGAAUGCCCUGAUCAGAGAGCUGGAGCACACCAAGAAGCUGAUCGAGGAGUCUCACCACGACAAGGAGCAGCUCCUGAUCCAGAUAGAGACAAUGCGGGCGGAGAGUGAGCAGGGGAGGAGCCGGAGCAACUCCUUACUGCACGGACGCUCUCAGAUGGGCAGCACUCCAGACUUCAGGUACCCGGUGUCGGCCUCCUCGAUGAUGGACAGUAACUCGGAUCAUUACGGCAGCGCUCUGGUGCUGCGGCGGCCGCAGAAGGGACGCAUGGCAGCGAUGAGGGACGAGCCGUCAAAGCGACAUGUGCAGACGUUGAACGAGCAGGAGUGGGAGCGCAUGCAGCAAGCUAACGUCUUGGCUAACGUGGCGCAGGCGUUCGAAAGCGACAUGGACGCGUCGGACCUGGAGGAGGACAGAGAGACGAUGUUCAGCUCUGUGGACAUGCUGUCCCCCGGGGGCCAGGCCGACGCUCAGACCCUCGCCCUCAUGCUGCAGGAACAGCUGGACGCCAUCAACAACGAGAUCAGGAUGAUCCAGGAGGAGAAGGAGAACACGGCGAUCCGGGCGGAGGAGAUUGAGUGUCGUGUCGGCAGCGGGGAGAGUCUCGGAGGUCGUUUCCGCUCCAUGAGCUCCAUCCCCCCCUCCCUGUGUGCCGGGUCCUCGCUGGGCGGCUCCCCCCCGGGCUCCGGCAGCUCCACCCCCCGCAGAGUCCCCCGCAGCCCCAACAGAGAGCUGGACCGCAUGGGGGUCAUGACCUUGUCUGCUCAGGACGAUAAGGCCACGAUCCACUGUGAGACGUCCCCCCCCACCACGCCUCGCUCCAUGCGCCUCAACAGAGACGCCGGACACGCCUCCAGCCACGAGGACAUCAGAGACAUCCGAGGUCUCUCCGGGCUGCAGGACGGUCAGGGCAGCAACCCGAGUAGCAGCAACAGCAGCCAGGACUCUCUGAACAAAGCGGCCAAGAAGAAAAGCAUCAAGUCCUCCAUCGGACGCCUCUUUGGGAAGAAGGAGAAGGGCCGACCCAGCAUCCCCGGCAAGGACUCCCCCAACCAAGCGGGCACUCCUGAGGCGGAGGGCUCUCCUAAAGACGGUUUAGGGAUGGGCACCCUGGGGGGUCCUGCAGAGAAGAACAGGAAGCUGCAGAAGAAUCCAAAGACAGGGCAUGAGCUGCUGGAGGAAGCUCGUAUGCAGGGCCUGCCUUUCGCUCAGUGGGACGGACCGACUGUGGUGGUGUGGCUGGAGCUGUGGGUGGGCAUGCCGGCCUGGUACGUGGCGGCGUGUCGAGCGAACGUGAAGAGCGGCGCCAUCAUGUCGGCGCUGUCGGACACGGAGAUCCAGAGAGAGAUCGGGAUCAGCAACCCGCUGCAUCGCCUGAAGCUGCGCCUCGCUAUCCAGGAGAUCAUGUCCCUCACCAGCCCCUCCGCCCCCCCCACCUCCAGAACGACCACAGGAAACGUUUGGGUCACUCAUGAAGAAAUGGAAAGUUUGGCAGCCACGCCUCCCACGGACGAUGACGAGGGCAGCUGGGCCCAGACGCUGGCGUACGGAGACAUGAACCACGAGUGGAUCGGGAACGAGUGGCUGCCGACCCUCGGUCUGCCUCAGUACCGCUCGUACUUCAUGGAGUCUCUGGUGGACGCCCGCAUGCUGGACCACCUCACCAAGAAGGACCUGAGGGGGCAGCUCAAGAUGGUGGACAGCUUCCACAGGAACAGUUUCCAGUGUGGGGUGAUGUGUCUGAGGAGGCUGAACUACGACAGGAAGGAGCUGGAGAGGAGGAGGGAGCACUCUCAGAUGGACCUGCAAGCAGAGGUGAUGGUGUGGAGCAACGAGCGAGUGAUCAGCUGGGUUCAGGCCAUCGGGCUGAAGGAGUACAGCGGGAAUCUGUUCGAGAGCGGAGUCCACGGGGCGCUGCUCGCUCUGGACGAAACCUUCGACCACAACACACUCGCCCUUCUGCUGCAGGUCCCCAUGCAGAACACACAGGCCAGAGCGACUCUGGAGCGGGAAUACAUCAGCCUGCUGUCCAUCGGCACAGAGAGGAGAGUGGAAGAGGACGAUGAUAAGAACUUCCGGAGAGCUCCCUCAUGGAGGAAGAAGUUCCGACCCAAAGACGUGCGCGGGCCGUCCGACACGCUGCCCGCGAACUUCAGAGUGAGCGGCAGCGGCGCAGCGUCUCCCUCCCCGCAGCCAAAGAGGAGCCAGAUGGAGGGAAGUCAGUCUAUACAGAGGCUGGACACGGCCACAGUCAGGACCUACUCUUGUUAACACACAACGUUUAUCCUCAUUAUUUCUAUAGGUAACCGCUGGUCAGAGGAUGAAGGGGAGUUCCCCGCAUACAAGACCCGGAUGAUGAACUGAAAUGGACACUAAAAAUGUCAGAGACUUACUCACCAAUCUCAGUAUCCCUAGAGGAGACUUUCUAGACAUUUGUUAUUAUAUAUUUAUGUAAACCAAUGGGACAUUUAAUUGAUUUUAGAAUUACUAUGUAAUCCUUUCUUUUUCCCUCUUUAAUCAACCCACUUUUUAAACAAAUGUACCCACUGUGCCCGUAUUAAGCUCAGAUGUAACUGAAUGUGUCUGGAGUUUGUAUAUUUCUACCGACAGACAUUUUAUCUAAUCUUUUUUAUAAUCCUGAUUCUAUUGACCAGAUGUAUGUUUGUUUCCUCCUCAUUGAUUUCUAAUCAAUUUAUGCUUAAGUGACUUUGAUAUGUGAUAAUUCAUAUCCUUUUUGACCCCUUUUUUUGUUUGUUUUUUAGCUGUUUUGUGUAGCUUAUUUCCUGUGAUUUGUGUAAAUGCAGCUCUUUAGGAUGUGUGAAUAUCAGACUAAUUGCUGGAGUUUCACACACUUUGCUCGACACUGUGAGUCGUCCGUCACCGUUUGGAUAACUGCUGGCAAGAUGGCGGCGACACAUAUCAUGUGAAACACAGAGUAUAUUUUCCUUUUUUCUUUAUUUUCCAUAUCUGCAAAACCAAAAUGAAACUCUUGAAUUUUAAAAGCCAUAUAACGGUAGCGUUAAAAAAACUAAAACAAGAGGGCUUCUAUCGGAUGCAACAGAAUUCCAGGUUUUCUAUAGUCGACUUUGCAUGCAGAAACUUCUCCACUUUACCCCCCUAGCGCGCCCCUUUAAUAAACCCCCCCCCCCCACCUCUGGAGAAACACACCGAUGCACGAGGACUUGUGUGGAAACUCCUUCGAUGGACCAACUUCACUGAGGCCUCAGUCAAAACCUUUUUUCUAAAAAAACACUUUGUACGAAGAUUUCAUAUCAAGCCUUAUUGUUUCUUAACUCCUCUUUCUGUCGUCUGUUCUUAUUUAUUAUUACUCGCCCACAUCGUGUUUUAUCUCAGUUUGAAUGUCUCCCAACACAGGUUCCAACAUUCGCUUUUUUUUUUAUUAAAGGCGGAUGGGAGGAACUGAAGUUUGCUUACAUUAAAGCUUAAAGUAGUUUGUGAUUUUAGUCGUUCAUUCAUGCACAAUGCAAAUCAUGUUGCUGUUGUUUUAUCCCCGCUCUCCCCCUUGAGUCUUCUGAUCUUGUAACAAUGAUGUACAGUCUGAGUACUUAUAAACUAUUUUUAUCACAAUAUUAUUUAUUGCUUACUUUCAAUAAAAUACUGAAACUCAUUUUCCACUGCAGAUAAAAAAAAGACUAAAGUGUGUAUUUUGAGAAUCUU